GGGAUCACAUGGUACCUCCUCCAGUGCCGCGUGCGGCCCGGGAACCCUGGGCUGCUGGCGCCUGCGCAGAGUCCUCUGUCCCAGGGAAAGGCUCGGGCAAAAGGCGGCUGAGAUUGCCAGAGUGAAAUAUUGCUGCCGAGGGAACGUAGCAGGGCACACGUCUCUCCUCUUUGCGCCUGGGUGCCCCAUUUCUCCCAUCACCUACUUACUUCCUGGUUGCAACCUCUCUCCCUCUGGGACUUUUGCACCGGGAGCUCCAGAUUCGCUACGCUGCAGCGCUGCAGUGGCACCCGGUGCACUGCAGAGAGCCGACCCUCCUUGCUGCUUCCAGUCGGAGGGAUUGCGGGCUGCUUCCCCCAACACACUUCCUCUGCUUCUCCCAUGCAAAGCAGAGCUCCGUGGCUGGCUCCGCGUCCGACGUCUCUGCAGAGCUGCAGUCCGGCCACCCCGAAACCUUGCGGCUGCGGGGUGCCCCGGAUCCUGAUCGCGAGCUGCGGGGUCCCCUCCCCACCCUCAGCCAGUGCCCAGCGGGGGACAGCGGCAAGCGCAACCUCCAGUGUGCUUCGAGGUCCGGUUUGAAUGACUGCUCUCGGCCAGUAAAGACAUGACGACCCUGGACUCCAACAACAACACAGCUCUGGACCGCCUCGCUCCGGUUCCCCUGCCUCUAGUUCCCGAGGCUUUAGGCAAUCUGAGAAGCAGUGGGGCAAGCAAGACAGGCGGGCUGGGGACACGGGUCGUAUCUCACGGGGGAAUCCUCAGUCACCGUCAGGAGCGGCACUCGAGGACGCCGGAGCGCGGGGCUCGGCCCCGGGGAGGGCACCCAGAGCACCCGCUCGGGAGCGCUCACAUGGCUGCAGAGCCGGGGCCACGUGCUGCGUUUGUUUUCAUUCAGCAGAAGCCAUGGCCGCCACCCUAUUGGUCGCAGCCUACCGGCCCGGUUACAUAAUGAGCUCCGCCCCCGGUUGUCCUGGCAACGCGUGUUCCUUUCUCUCCUCCCUUAGGUUGUCCCGGCCCAGCUUGAGAUCUGGGCUGGGCGCACGACCUAGGACACCGAGGAGGGGCGGGGCGAGGCGGGAACGGGGCGCGGAGAGGGCGGUGCCUCGAGUUCUGGGGUUCCUCGUUGGGGAGCCACGUGCGAGGGGCACACGUGGAGCGGGGACGUGAGGCCGGCUGAGGACCGGGCACCCGCCCAGCCGAGAUCUGGGUGAAGCGGGCUGACUCACCGCCCCCGCCUGCCUCUUUUUCCUGCCCGCCUGGCCCCUUCCCUCCAUCACGGAGGCGGGGUGAGGGAGCCACCCGGACCCCUCUGGGCCUCACGUUUACGUUUCCGAAGGAACCUCACACCUAACCACCUUCUCCAGGGUCCUCGUCCUUUCACUGUAUUCUUUCUGCACCUGCUUCACUGUACUGCAUUGGGCCCCAGUUUCUUUUCCCGCCUUCCCAAUUCUCCCCGUUACUGAAGCACCACACUUUCACCUGGCAAGAAAAAAACAAUGAGAUCCAGAGAGGAGACCUUCUUUCCCCUAGGUCACAAAGCCCCUUGGUGGCGAUAGGUGGCGUCAUCACCUACAUUGGCUCCAGCGGCUCCUCCCCGAGCCGAACCAGCCCUGAGUCCCUCUACAGCGAUAGCUCCAACGGCAGCUUCCAGUCCCUGACCCAGGGCUGCCUCACCUACUUCCCACCGUCGCCCACGGGCUCCCUCACCCAGGAUCCCUCGCGCUCCUUUGGGAGCAUCCCACCCAGCCUGAGUGAGGAUGGCUCCCCAUCUUCCUCCUCUUCCUCGUCUUCAUCCUCCUCCUCCUCCUCCUACAAUGGGAGCCCCCCAGGGGGUCUACAAGUGGCCAUGGAGGACAGCAGCAUAGUGUCUCCCAGCAAGAGCACCAGCAACAUCACCAAGCUCAACGGCAUGGUGCUUCUGUGUAAAGUGUGCGGUGACGUGGCCUCCGGCUUCCACUAUGGUGUGCACGCCUGCGAGGGCUGCAAGGGCUUUUUCCGUCGCAGCAUCCAGCAGAACAUUCAGUACAAAAGGUGUCUGAAAAACGAGAACUGCUCCAUUGUCCGCAUCAACCGCAACCGCUGCCAGCAGUGUCGCUUCAAGAAGUGUCUCUCCGUGGGCAUGUCUCGAGACGCUGUGCGUUUCGGGCGCAUCCCCAAACGGGAGAAGCAGCGCAUGUUGGCUGAGAUGCAGAGUGCCAUGAACCUGGCCAACAACCAAUUGAGCAGCCAGUGCCCACUGGAGACCUCGCCCACCCAGCACCCCACCUCCCGCCCCAUGGGCCCCUCCCCACCUCCAGCUCUGGCUCCCUCCCCCCUGGUGGGCUUCUCCCAGUUCCCACAGCAGCUGACACCACCCCGAUCCCCAAGCCCAGAGCCCACUGUGGAGGAUGUGAUAUCCCAGGUGGCCCGGGCCCAUCGAGAGAUCUUCACCUACGCCCAUGAUAAGCUGGGACCCUCGCCUGGUAACUUCAAUGCCAACCAUGCAUCGGGUAGCCCUUUGGCCACCACCCCACAUCGCUGGGAGAGUCAGUGCUGUCCUCCUGUCCCCAAUGACAACAGUGCCUCGGCUGCCCAGCAUCACAACGAGGCCCUGAAUGGCCUACGCCAGGCCCCCUCCUCCUACCCUCCCACCUGGCCGCCUGGCCCUGCCCACCACAGCUGCCACCAGCCCAACAGCAACGGGCACCGUCUCUGCCCCACCCAUGUGUACGCAGCCCCGGAGGGCGAGGCACCUGCCAACAGUCCCCGGCAAGGCAAUUCCAAGAACGUCCUGCUGGCGUGCCCCAUGAACAUGUACCCCCAUGGACGCAGCGGCCGGACCGUGCAGGAGAUCUGGGAGGAUUUCUCUAUGAGCUUCACACCCGCCGUGCGAGAGGUGGUCGAAUUUGCCAAGCACAUCCCAGGUUUCCGUGACCUUUCUCAGCACGACCAGGUCACCCUGCUGAAGGCUGGCACUUUCGAGGUGCUAAUGGUGCGAUUCGCAUCGCUGUUCAACGUGAAGGACCAGACGGUGAUGUUCCUGAGCCGCACCACCUACAGCCUGCAGGAGCUGGGCGCCAUGGGCAUGGGAGACCUGCUCAGCGCCAUGUUCGACUUCAGUGAGAAGCUCAACUCCCUGGCGCUCACCGAGGAGGAGCUGGGCCUCUUCACCGCCGUGGUGCUGGUCUCCGCAGACCGCUCGGGCAUGGAGGACUCCGCUUCGGUGGAGCACCUCCAGGAGACGCUGCUGCGGGCUCUUCGGGCUCUGGUGCUGAAGAACCGGCCCUCGGAGACUUCCCGCUUCACCAAGCUGCUGCUCAAGCUGCCGGACCUGCGGACCCUGAACAACAUGCAUUCCGAGAAGCUGCUGUCCUUCCGGGUGGACGCCCAGUGACCCGCCCGGCCGGCCUUCCGCCGCUGCCCCCUUGUACAGAAUCGAACUCUGCACUUCUCUCUCCUUUACGAGACGAAAAGGAAAAGCAAACCAGAAUCUUAUUUAUAUUGUUAUAAAAUAUUCCAAGAUGAGCCUCUGGCCCCCUGAGCCUUCUUGUAAAUACCUGCUCCCCUCCGCCCCUUCACCACGCUUCCCACCCUCCCCUAUUUAAACCUCUCUGGCUCUCCCACCCCGACUCUGGCCCCCUGACUUGCUCUGUUCCUGUCUCAAAUCCAAUAGUUCACAGCUGA